AUGGAGAAAAUCUUGCUCAAAAUUAGGGAUUUAUGGCGACACCCGACUUACCCCAAGAAAUCUGGAAAAUGCAGAUGCUUAGCGAAAACAUGGCAAAUUCUGCUCUCCUCCCCUCAGUUCAUCAAAUCUCACCUCAUCCGCAGCCCCCCUCAAGAAAAUCUCAUUCUCAUAGCCCCCUCCGGCUCAGUCCACUCCGCCGCCGCCGUUGACGGCGCUGUCUCAAGCAAGCUCCAAUCGCCGCAAAACAUCACAGAGUUUGCCGGAUCUUGUGAUGGAUUAGUAUUGCUGGUUGACGACGAAGAUCGGAAGCUUCUAGUUAAUCCCAUCACUCUGCAGCUGAUCGAAAUAACCGAUUCACCGCUUGCUUUGACCAAAGGUGAGAGCUUUAGCAUGUAUGGAUUAGGGCAUGAUGCGAUCAGCGACGAUUACAAAAUUGUGGCGCUUUCGUAUUGGGACACCGACAACGAGUAUAAUCCGGAUUGCGCCGAUACAUUUGUUGACGUGUAUUCUGUUGGGAGUGGCGUUUGGAGAAGAGCUGAUAAUUCGCCUUACGAUCACGCCGUUCCUCAUCUUGAUUGCGGGGCCUUUGUGAGUGGCAAGAUUCAUUGGCUGGCGAGUAGCCGGGAAGAGGGCUAUGCCUCUGUAAUUGCUGGUUUCGAUUUGGCACGAGAGGUGUUCGACGAAAUGCCUGCUCCAAAAGAUGUUGAUGUGGAGAAGCUGGUGUUUUAUAAGCUCGUGGUUCUUGGUGGUUGCCUUUGUUUGGUUGAUGCUCUGAGAGAUAUAACGCGUGUUUGGGUUAUGAAAGAGUAUGGUGUGGGAGAAUCUUGGAGGAGAUUCAGCAUUGAGGGAGAGUGUGAAUUUGAUGUGAUUAAGCCUCUGUGUUUUGAUGGAGAUGAGGAGGUUGUGUUGGUGACUGAGGGGGAGAGUUUGGUGGUUUACAAUGCGAAGGGGAAGUCGUUUAGGGAGAUGGUUGUUGAUGGAGUUCCGGCUGUGUUUGUGGACGGAGGUGUCUUUCUUCACAGCCUCGUCUCGCCUGCUUGACACGAGGGGGAAUGUAAAUACGUGAUUUCAUUCGACAAAGUGAUGAAUCCACUGUAAAUCUUUUGCUUGGUUGUAUCUGUUGCUCAUGUCUAUCGUUAAUAGAUUAAUGCAGUGUAUGGAAUGGACAAAUUGCUAUAGUGAACUGCAGUAGUCUUGUUGUUGCACUUAGAAAACAAACAUCCCAAUCUUGAUCAGUGUCUGUUUCACUUUGGUUUCUGACAUAUUUGUCAUUAGAUAUCAAAUUGAAUAUUUUUUUCUUUAAUGCAAUUAAUUAAUACU